AUGAAGUUUUCAGAAAAUUGCCUUCUGUUGGUUUCAGCGGCUUCCGCAUGUGCUUUCUCAAUCUCAGAACAAAUUUCUCUCAGCUGUAAUUGUAAAGAUUCCGAAGCGGCGACUGCUAAACCGACAGUUAACAAGUCAUUUUUAGAUUCUUAUUUUGGUAAUUUUCUGGACGGCGUCGCUGAAGAUUUUAUGUCCAUGACUAAGGACAAACAUGAGCCUCUUCCGCUAGCAGAUCACUACCGCGCCUUAGCUGUUCAUGAUGAGUAUGAAUAUCCAGACCCCAAUGAUCUAAGAGACAUCAAUGGCUCGGCAGUCCUUUAUCGUGGUGGAGAAUUUGGAUAUAUUGAUACUUUUGCUCAUCUUCCAUUGGUCAGCUGUUUUGAUCCUGAUCUGUACGAAGAGGAGCCUUUCGAUAUUGCUAUCAUCGGUGCCCCAUUUGACUCGGGAGUCUCGUACAGACCGGGCGCUCGAUUUGGGCCAUCGGGGAUUAGACUUGGAUCGAGAAGAUUGGCACCAGCUUAUUCGGUGUAUAACGAAAAACUAAACCCUUAUAAAAAUUGGGCAAGAAUUGUUGAUUGUGGAUCCCCUCCUGUAACACCUCUUGAUAACAGAAUCGCCAUUGAUCAAAUUUACAGAGCCAAUAGAGCCGCAGGAAAGCAUGCUGUUACGGAAGAGAAUAAGUCCAAACACCCCAAGAUCUUCACGCUCGGUGGCGAUCAUACUAUUACUUUACCAGCUAUCAAAGCUGCAUACGAGAAUUGGGGGAAGGUUUCCGUCAUCCAUUUCGACUCUCAUUUGGAUACAUGGAAUCCAUACUACUUCGGCGGAAACGUCACAGAUUACCAGUCUUUGAAUCAUGGGACAUACUUGCAUUGGGCACAUGAAAAGGGACUUUUGACGGAUACUUCCAUUCAUGCUGCGAUUAGAGGUCCCUACCCUGGAAAAAGAGAUGUGGAGCACGAUAUCAGCUGUGGAUUUGACAGAAUAUUGGCGAGAGACAUCGACAGAAUCGGCACUGAUGGAAUAAUUAGGAAAAUCAAAGAAAGGGUUGGAAAUGGUCCUGUUUAUAUUACUGUGGACGUCGACUCAAUGGAUCCCUCCGUAGCUCCUGCCAGUGGGACUGUCGAACCAGGUGGAUGGACAUCUCGGGAAUUGCUCACCAUUCUUGACGGAUUAGAGGGCCUCAACGUUAUAGGAGGAGACGUUGUCGAAGUUUCCCCACCCUUCGAUACUGCUGCAGAAAUCACUUCCAUUGUUGCCGCCCAAGUUGCCGACUCCAUUAUCUCACUGAUGGUUUUACAAGGCGAGUCCUCAAUUGGUGAAAACUGA